AGCUCUGGCUAGCUUGCUGUUAGCUCCGCGCAGUGGGACGACUCUUUCCUGCCAGUCCGUCCAAUCAGAGUUUAGUGACAGAGUGGAAGUUGGUCGCUAUGUCCCCAUACAAAAAAGAACCCUGGUCAAGUCAAAGUUGUGGCAUGAAGAUUCAGCGACGAAACCGACAACUUCAGCUAAGUUUCUGCUAGCUAACGCUAAGACGUUUUUGUUUUUUUUACGAUACAAAAAAAAAAACGGUCCCGUUUUUGAUGUUCCGCGGCUGUUGGAGGUGACCCGGGCGAGGGGGGCCACACGGUGAAAUAACAUGCCGUCGUACCUUGGUGUCGGGCUCGACUGUGGGUGUCACACGCUGCCGUGUUCCUGACCCGAAGACACGGACUGCAGCUCCGGGAGGCAUUUCCAGCCUGCCACGCAGGCAGUUAACAACUCCCCCAAAGGAAAAGUAAACUUUGCCUACAACUUACAUUUAAACCCCGCGCUGCGACACUUUGACACUUUGUUAUUUUGUCACCUGGAAAGUUGUUUUUUUGAGAGAGAGCGAAAAUGAUGAAGGCCAGGAGAUACUUGAGAGGAAGUGGACGGGUUCUCGUCUUCGUCUUCGUCGCCUCCGUCGUUUGGCUCCUGUUUGACAUGGCCGCCCUGCGCCUGUCGAUGAACGACGUCACCGGCCAGCUGCUGAAGGAGCGCGUGAUAAGGGACCAGCGGCUCGUCAGACAGCAGUCCCGCGCGACGCGGGCGGGGAGGCGCGGGUUCAAACACCCGGUGCAGAGGAUGGACCCCACCGCCACGCGCGCCCCUAAGGGGCCGCUCGCUUCGCACCUCGAGCUGGCUCCCGUGUACAGAAAGGGGGGCCAGAAAGAGGACAAAAACACCCACUCUCUUCGUCUUCCCCACGUAGACCCCCGACAGGGAGGAGAAGCUGUCCUGCGACAUGUCACGCCAAAGCGGGACGUCCCCCCCAAGAAGGAAGCGGUGGAUUUGGACGUGAAGGCGAUGGAACCACAGAAGAGCGGCCCGGUUAAAGGGACGUUGCCUGUGGCGCGGCCCGUUGAUGUCAAGGAUGCACCAGUAGUUCUGCACACGAGUGAUCCAAAGAGCGACAAAAGAGGCCCGAAUGACCCCAAGGUCGAGGCCGGAGCAGACGCGAGCCCGAGAGAAAAAAGGAGACGAGAGGAUGCCCACAAUAAAACUUUAGAGAAACCCGUUGAGGGGAUCGACCAUCGGGAGACCCCAAGACCCGCGAUUGAGUCCCUAGCAGGACAACCAGGUGUCCACAAGGUGCUCUCCCUGGAUCUGACCAUCGCUCCCAGGGACGCCCGCGCGGCGGGCCAGUUCGGCCAGCCGGCCCUCGUCGCCAACAACGAAAAGGCCGAGGUGAAGAAGAGAUGGGACGAGGGGCACUUCAAUGUGUUCCUGAGCGACAGGAUCCCGGUGGACCGCGCCGUCCCGGACACCAGGCCCGAGACGUGUGCACAGAAACUGGUCCACGACGACUUGCCGUCCACCAGCGUGAUCUUCUGCUUCGUGGACGAGGUGUGGUCGACGCUCCUGCGCUCGGUGCACAGCGUGCUCAACAGGUCUCCGGCGCACCUCCUCACGGAGAUCAUUCUGGUGGACGACUUCAGCACCAAAGACUAUCUGAAAGAGCAGCUGGAUACGUACAUGUCCCAGUUUCCCAAAGUGCGGAUCAUUCAUCUGAAGGAGCGACAGGGCCUCAUCCGGGCCCGGCUGGCUGGAGCUGCUGUGGCCAAAGGUGAGGUCCUCACCUUCCUCGACUCGCACAUCGAAUGCAACCUGGGCUGGCUGGAGCCGCUGCUGGAGAGAGUCUAUCUGGAUCGCAAGAAGGUGCCCUGUCCGGUUAUUGAAGUGAUCAGUGAUAAGGACAUGAGUUAUAUGCUGGUGGACAACUUCCAGAGAGGUAUUUUCAAAUGGCCUUUGGUUUUUGGCUGGAGUGCUGUACCAGAGGAGCACAUUCAGAAGAAUAACCUGACCAUCUCAGACCCCAUCAGGUGUCCAGUUAUGGCUGGAGGCCUUUUCUCCAUAGACAAAAAAUAUUUCUAUGAGCUUGGUGCUUACGAUCCAGGACUGGAUGUGUGGGGUGGUGAGAACAUGGAGAUUUCGUUCAAGAUCUGGAUGUGCGGCGGGGAGAUCGAGAUCAUCCCCUGCUCUCGAGUGGGACACAUCUUCCGUGGACAGAAUCCUUACAAGUUCCCCAAAGACCGGCAGAAGACCGUGGAGCGGAACCUGGCGAGGGUGGCGGAGGUCUGGCUGGACGAGUACAAGGACCUCUUCUACGGCAACGGCUACCACCACCUGCUGGACAAGAAGAACAUCGACAUCGGCAACCUCACCGAGCAGAUCGAGCUGAGGGAGAAGCUCAAAUGCAAGAGCUUCAAGUGGUACCUGGAUAAUGUGUAUCCGGAUAUGAAGGCUCCCCUAGUCAAAGCGGAGGGCCUGAUCUUUAACCGCGGCUUGAGGAAAUGCCUCACUCUGCAGCACGGCUCUCUGUCGUUUGACCAAUGUGACAUCAGCAUGCAGAGUCAGCACUUUAAUUACACCUGGAUGAGACACGUUCGCCAGCAAGAUCUAUGCGUCUCCCCCCACGGCAAGGGCAGCGGCAUCGCUUUACAAGUAUGUGACAACGCCAAUCCUGCACACAACUGGUUCCACAAAUCAUCCAACUCCGCUCUGGCGGAGCACCUCAUGUCAGAGUUUGUGUCCAGCCACAUGUGCCUGGAGGCGGGGCCUCAGGGGGACGCCCUGCACCUGAAUCCAUGUGAAAGCAGAAACACCUUUCAAAAGUGGCAGUUCACACACUACCACGCUCUGUGACGAGACUGAAACGUGUCAAACAAUUACUAAAGAGACGUGUGUGUGUGUGUGUGUGGUCCGGCGCCUGACCAGAGGAGGCGGGAAGCACUUUGUUGGCAGUAAAAUGUGUGUGUGUGUGUGUGUGUGGUGUACUGCAGAGGGUGUGAGAAUGUGCAAUGUUUCUAAUGUCCUUUUGGAUUAUGUCGCCAUGGACCGACUUUGAGCCGCACCCGAGGACAGCGUGCAUCUUCUCUCUGCUCAGGAGAUGUAGGUGGCUACAUCGAGGUGAUUGGAAGAACACUCCUUUUUUUGAGCACAGCAUAUAAUCUCACUACCAAAGAUAAAACAAUGACUCGAUUUGAGAUGGAAUAAAGGGGUUUUCUUUUUGUGUUUAGUCUGCUCGGGCUGAUUUAAUCAUGUACUAUGUAUUAGUAUGAAACAUAUCACUCAAUUCCUGUGAGGCAUUGUCUAAAUGUCAUUUACUUUUAUGUUUACAACGCAUGGUUGCUUUUUUGGUUUUAAGCAUUAUUUUGGUGGGUUUUUUUCUUCUUUUUUUUUCAACUGUUCCUUUUGUAUGAAUUUAUUUUUGUCACUAGAGGGAAGUGUUGUUCAGAACAUGCAUUGAACCUCUGCUGUGAUUUCAUGAUAUUGUGACAAACCCCUUCACCACUUACUGACAGAAAAGGAUUUCAUUAAGAAACUGAGAAUAAAAUGGAGAUACGGACUUAA